AUGGAUCAUUUCAAACGUAAAGACCGCCGUGGGGCCUUUCAUGUCCAGUCCAACGGUCUCGGCCCCACAGUCCGGCACGGAACUCUACCAGCAGUAUCCACGCCUCCGGUUACAGCAUUCUCGCCAAUGCCGAUGCCGAUACCGAUACCAAAGACCACGGCUUCAUUUGAUGUCCUGUCUUUUGGUUUUGAAACUCACCCAGUGCAGUUAAUGCAGUCCGAGUUCACAGGCGACUACUAUCGCUCUGCAUCUCCUCUCAAAUUAGACCUGGACUCCUAUCUCAACUACGCCAAUGAGCCUGACAAUCGAGAAAUGAGUUCCAUGUUUUCUUCUUCUUCAACUGAUACUGGCGAUACAUUGACCGUCCGGAACGGUCGAGGUCGUUCCAGAGGCCCCAGUCCUUUGAGUCGCAGCGGGCGAACUAAAAGCCUUGAUAAUCCGACGCCUUCUUUUGUUUGUCUGGGUCCUCAGUGCCAGCUGGCUUUCUCUUCCGAUAAAGAACUUAAGUCUCAUGUUAAAUCUUCUCACACCUAUAUAUGUAACUGGGCUGGCUGCGAUCAACCUAGUUUCUCAACUAGGGACGGUCUCAUUCACCACGUUAAAGUUCAACAUCUCGUCAUUUGCCCAUCCCCUGGCUGUACAGAAACUUCAUUCCAAAGCAUUCGUAUUCUUCAGUCCCAUAUUUCUAUGGCUCAUCCUGAGGAUGGGAAAGAUGAUGCAAAAGAAUGGGAACUUCCAACGAAAGCUGCCGAUAACACGAAGAAAGGCGACAGGUCGUCUUCAAGCAAAACACCCGUUGAAACUAUUACAUCGCGGAAAAGAAAGAGUUGCGAUCCUGAGGCAGAAAUGGCUUUAGGCUUGUCUCGAUCAAAACGUCAGUGCCUGGAUCGACUCCGCGGUGUUGUUGAGAAGCGAGCCAGAAAGAGUGCAGGUACACCACGAAGUGCAGAGAGCCCUACAGACCUUAUUCGAGGACGAGCGUCACGGCGUAUAGAAACAACAAGUUUUCCGCUGGUGUUCGAGCAUGCCAUACUCCCUUUCUUGUCACAGUAUCUACCCCUUUGGGUCGGACCCCGCCACGUGGUGACUGUCACUCGAGGCAAAUCACCACAGAUGAAACGAAUUUGUAUCAUGGCUCCAAACAAAAUCUCUCGGGCUCGCAAGGUUCUAAUCGUGAGCCACGUUCAAGACCUUAUUCCAGCCAACUUCUCAACACUUAUCACUUUCGUAUUCGCACAAGGGGAAAUAAACAGAACCGUGACCUGGGCUCGUGGCCUAAGCAAAGACCACAAGGACGAUAUCUGCUCUGCCCGAAACCCUUAUUUUUUCCGUGAUCCUUGUAUGGGCGAUAGUAUCGGCGUUGCAGGAAACGGUGCAUUCGACGAUAGUACGGCUACACUCGGUCCUUGUAUAACUGUCGGUGGUGGGAGUUACUGGCUGGGUAACUUCCAUCCUUUCUUGGAGGCAUACCAAAAACUUCCACAAGAAGUGCAGGUCGAGCAUCCUUCCUCUCAAGAUCGCAAGCGGUGUGUAGAGGAGGGGCACGAUGCCAUGGCGCAAGAGACAAGUUUCGGACUCGGCAGACUUGAGGUAACAUCGGGACUCAACCUCAAGACAACAAGAGUCUCACACGAUCCCUACUGGGACGACUGUGAUAUGGACAAGCCGCUUGUUGUGACAGACUGGGCUCUUAUCGGUUCUCGCACUUCACAGGCAAACAUUCUCCGGCGGUUUCCUUCGGAGACUCUGCCACCAACUCAAGACCCUAUCGUGGCUACCACAACGGCUAUCACGCCAGGCGCUGACGUUCUGUCCAGUGGUCGAACAUCUGGAUACCAACGAGGACAGAUCUGCGAGAUCCCUGCAUAUGUUUCAGGUGACGAGAAUCAAACCCUCAAAGCUACUAGAGAAUGGUUUAUCGAAGAGCCGUGGCCGCAGGAUGAUGAGGAUGCCUGGAUUCGCGGUGGCAUUGGUGUUAACGGCGAUAGCGGUGCAGGUGUCGUGGACGCCAACACUCACAGCCUCAUCGGACAAAUAUGGGGUCGCAAUAACUAUUGGGGACCUGGACAGCGUGUCACCUACUUCACUCCCAUCGCAGACAUCUUCGACGACAUUCAGGAAAAAUGCGGGCAGGAGUCACGUCCUAGGCUUCCGCAGCAUCGCGAUGAAGCAAAUUGUUUCCCAUUGCAUCCGUCAUGCCGUCAAUGCUUUGAUCUACGAGCAUACCUCAAUAGCAGUAGAAGAAGUUCACGAAUGUCGCUUCAAAGUAUGAUAAUGGGCAUAGGUGACGGUGACCAGGAUCUCACCUCGAUCGAGGCAGUUUCAGAGCUAGCUACACCAAGGGAUUAUCACCGCUAUCCGGGAAUAGAAGAGGCAGGUGCUUCUUUCAAUGACAUCGUCUCGCCAGCAGGGCCGAGUGGUUAUCCCGGCACUCCUAUGAUCGCUGACAUGAGGAGCCCAUAUGCCACAGAAUUGGAUCUUGAGGAUUUAUGGGAGCCAAAGGCUGGGAGCUCUACUCGAGCUCGAAAGAGAACAUCCAGUUUUGCUGUAGACACGGGGCCAGAAAGGUGGAAGAGGCUGAGAGCUGAUGGUUGA